GGCGGGCAGGCGGGCCGAUGGCGGCCGACGGCGAUUGGCAGGAUUUCUACGAGUUCCAAGCGUCGGCCCAAAGCCGCCCGGCCCGGGACAACCGGACGGCGGAGGCGGCGGCGGCGGCGGCGGGGCCGGUCGUCGGUCUGGCCGAGCAGCUGAGCCUGUGUUUCCGUCCCCUUGGCCCCGGAGCCCCGGCCCCGAGGGCCGCCGUGCGGACCAUCACCGACCGGACCCUCCGCCAGGGGGACGAAAUUUGGAAUGCCCUGACUGAUAAUUAUGGUCACGUAAUGCCAGUUGACUGGAAGUCUUCCCACACCAGAACUUUACAUUUACUCACCUUGAAUCUCUCAGAAAAAGGGAUAAAUGACAAUUCAAUCCUUGAUCUAUCAGAUGAUGAAGAGUUGAGAGAACAGCUGGAUAUGCAUUCCAUCAUAGUCUCCUGCAUCAACGAUGAACCACUUUUCACAGCAGAUCAGGUCAUUGAAGAAAUAGAAGAAAUGAUGCAGGAGUCCCCAGACCCAGAAGAUGAUGAGACACCCACACAGUCAGAUCGCCUGUCCAUGCUCUCCCAGGAAAUCCAAACCCUCAAGAGAUUCAGCACGAGUAGCUAUGAAGAGAGGGUAAAAAGGCUCUCUGUUGGUGAAUUAAAUGAACUGCUGGAAGAAAUUGAAACUGCCAUCAAAGAUUACUCUGAAGAGCUGGUGCAGCAGUUGGCCUUACGGGAUGAGUUAGAGUUUGAAAAAGAAGUGAAAAACAGCUUCAUUUCUAUUCUCAUCGACGUUCAGAACAAACAGAAGGAGCAUAAGGAGAUGGCCAAGAAGAAAAAGAAGCUGAAAAAUGGCAGUCCCCAGAAUGGCAAGAGUGAUAGAAGCCACGUGCCUGGAACGCGCUUCAGCAUGGAAGGGAUCUCAAAUGUCAUUCAGAAUGGCUUCCGCCACACGUUUGGAAACUCAGGUGGAGAGAAACAGUAUUUGACGACAGUCAUACCUUAUGAAAAGAAAAAUGGACCCCCAUCUGUUGAAGAUCUCCAAAUAUUAACAAAAAUUCUUCAUGCUAUGAAGGAAGAUAGCGAGAGAGUCCCAAGCUUGUUAACGGACUACAUUCUAAAGGCAUUGGUAUGAAAGCUGGAUUGUUCCGAGUUCUUUGUCCAACGUAGAAUGGGCCACGACGUCAGAAACUGCGAUGGAUCUUCCUUGGACCACAAGCCAGAUUUCCUUGAGCAUCAUUCUAAAAGCGAUUUGGAAAAACAGCUUACUCGCACACAGCAAUAGUAUUCUUUGUCCAAGAACAAUCAGUAUUAUCAGGCUUAGGCUCUCCUAAAUAAUGGUAUUGAAAUUUAAAAUCACAAAUUUCUUUUGACUUUUAAAAAUGUAUAAGCAGGGAGGCAAAAUCAUUUUAAUUGUCUAAAAGCAAUGGAUUUAAUUAUCCUUCCUUAAGAAUAUCUACAGUUUUAAUCUAAGCUGCACUGAAGGGUUAAGUAUUGAGAAAUUUAUACUAUAGGAUGUGUUCUUCAGUGGUAGCGGGCACUAACACUGAUUUUUAAAAGCAUAUUCAUCAGUAUAACAUUACCUUAUAGUAUUGUCCAGCGAGAGCAAAUAUUUUCAGGUAUAUGCUGCUCUUGAGGAAUUAAGAAGAAGAAGAUAUUCCUUUUACUCACUUCUUGGUGAAUGUGGGCCGUCCAAUUAUUGGAGAAAAUGUUUUUUAGAGCUAACAACUUAUUUUUAGCACUGGGGUUUUUCAAUUUUUUACCUAUUUAAUAAUUUUAAUAUCCUUUACUGCUUCUCGUUUUACUUUGUGUUUUGUUUUUAAUUCCGUCGUAGAGAUAGAAAGAAAUCAAUCACAUGAAAGAAUAGGUUCUCAACCCUGUUGCUUGAGAAACUGUACGCUACAGCACUGCCCCAGUCUCCCGAAGUGUGCAUUCUUAUUGAUAUUUAAAUUAAUAUAUGUGCAUAUU